AUGAAUUUCGUAAACGGAUUUUACGAGUGGACAGGAAAUAACCUCAUUCACAAAUUAAAGGUAGCAAAUAAAACAUCGUUGUACAUUGCCAUAACGUUGACUAAUGGAACAACCCUAUAUGAACGAUAUGACCAGUUCUACAUCACUGAUGAGGCUGAUGGCUACAGACUUAACCUGACGGGAAAAUCAACAGGAACUCUGGGAGAUAGUAUGACACCCUCUUAUAGACACUGGAAUCUGAAUGGAAUGAAAUUCUCCACAGCUGAUAGGGACAACGACAUGUAUCCAGGAGGACCAUGUGGAAGUCGGGAAGGAGGCUGGUGGUUCAAUCAUUGCUCGCAAUCAUUUUUGAACUCCGACUACUGGUAUCCACCGUGGGCGCCAACGAUUUUAUUGAAUAAAUGA